AUCGCCUUCCUCCUCUCCGAUCGCCGCUUUCUUUUCAUGUCCGCUGUUCGCGUCUUUGUCGAUGCUCCUGUGUCCUGGCCAUUAGCGCUUGAAAUUUGGUUUCAUACUCUUUGGUUGUGUGGACUGCGAUCAAUGUUGGGUAGCUGGAACCCCUUUUCUCUCGCUGGAAUUGUGGAAGUGCUCAGCUUUGGACUAGACGAAGUGAGGCUUCUCCAACAUGGGCCUUCAUCAGUCUGAGGAACUGGAGUCUUGCUUAGCUGUUGCAGUAGAAGUUGCUAAGAAAGCAGGGCAAAUCAUCAAGGACGGUUUCCACAGAGCGAAGGCCGUUGAGCACAAGGGCCUGGUAGAUCUUGUCACCGAGACGGACAAAGCCUGCGAGGAUGUGAUCUUCACGCAGCUCAAGGAGUCCUUCCCCUCCCAUGAGUUAAUAGGAGAGGAGACUGCUUCCGUAAACGGAAUCCCAGUCCUGACAGACUCGCCGACUUGGGUGAUUGACCCCCUGGACGGUACCACAAAUUUUGUGCACUCAUUUCCUUUUGUGUGCGUCUCCAUUGGUCUCGUCAUCGACAAAGUCCCCGUCGUGGGCGUUGUCUACAACCCUCUUUUAGACGAGCUCUUCACCGGAAUAAAAGGGCAAGGAGCUUUCUUAAACGGACAGCGCAUCCAUGCUUCAAACCAAGAGCACAUAGGAAAUGGAUUGCUCGCCACUGAGAUUGGAGUCAAGCGAGACAAACAAACGGUGGACCGUACCUCUAAUUUGAUCAACUACUUUCUCUACAAGGUACGGUCUCUUCGUCUUAGUGGUUCUUGUGCCAUGAACUUGUGCGGUGUUGCCUGUGGGAGGCUUGACAUGUUCUACGAAUUAGGAUUCGGAGGCCCCUGGGAUGUCGCUGCAGGGACGUUGAUACUUCGAGAAGCUGGUGGGCUCGUCUUUGAUCCGUCUGGAGGUGAAUUCGACAUGAUGUCGCAUUUGGUAGCAGCAUCAAAUGGCCAUCUGAAGGGUGCUCUUGUGGAGGGCUUGGUGGCUCAUAUGUGAUGGAUUAAUUCUUAUUUUCAUUUCUAUUAUUUCACAUCAAUAAAUUCCCUUUUCAAAGCAUAUGACCCAUCUUUGGCCAGGGGUUGUCUA